GAAAUGGAAGAGAGUUCAAGUUCUCCCGUCUCCCCAGUGGAUAGCCUAGUGACCAGCGAGGAGGAGUUGGACAGACAACAGAAAAGGUUUGGAAGGAAGAGGAGACACAGUAAAAAGUCGAGCGAGGACGGCAGUCCGGGUUCCGUUAAACGGAGCAAAAAACCAAGCCCUAGCAGCACACAGUCAUAUGAGGAGCUGCAGAACCAGCGGGUACUGGCUAACGUCAGGGAGAGGCAAAGGACUCAAUCACUAAACGAAGCCUUCGCAUCUUUGCGAAAAAUUAUUCCUACGCUACCAUCGGAUAAACUCAGCAAGAUACAGACACUCAAGCUGGCGUCCAGAUACAUUGACUUCCUCUAUCAGGUGCUGCAAAGCGACGAGAUGGACAACAAGAUGUCGAGCUGUAGCUAUGUUGCGCACGAGAGACUCAGUUACGCUUUCUCGGUGUGGAGGAUGGAGGGCGCGUGGUCUAUGUCUGCGUCCCACUAG